ACCAACAAAUGAAUGAAAAAUUUAUUAUUUUCAAGUGGUGUUUUGAGUGUGGUGGUGUUACGAUAUGCCCGUCAAGUUUUGUAAAGAAUGUAACAAUAUGUUAUAUCCUAUGGAAGACCGAGCCUAUCUUCAGGAAACUGGGGAAAGAAGAAUGUUAUAUGCUUGUCGCAACUGUUCCCAUAAGGAAGUUGCGGAGGACUUGGGAAUUCCAGUUUAUCGAAAUGUAGUCACUUCAACCAACAGAGGAAAAUUUUUGCAAAUGUAUGACUACACAGUGUUCACACUGUGGAAACCGUGAAGCAGUUUAUUUUAUGGGACC